AUGGGAUUGAAGACUGACUCUCAUAAGUGCAUCUGCCACUUCUCAGAUAACAAGAAAGAGAAUCAAAUCAGCAAGGGUGCAUCAUCAAUGUCACAGAAUAGUAUAAUGCAAGAAGCAAUAAACUUGACAAAGAAUAGUAAUAUUGAUAUAUUAUUUGAGAAAAAUUAUGAUACUAGAGUCAGAAGCACUGCAACUCCAGAAAAUACAGUAAAUAUAUCUUUCAGUGCCCAGCUGCCUGCUUCAAAUGAAAUGAUUGAGAGCAUCUGGACAAGAGCAGUGUAG